UCGGGGCUUCAACUGUAGCGAGUUACGGGAAGACGCAUUUUGCGACGAGUACUGGGAGGGGCCCAACGAAGGCAUCACAAACUUUGAUAACAUCGGUCUAGCGAUGAUAACGGUGUUCCAGUGUAUCACGAUGGAAGGCUGGACAGAUGUACUUUAUAAUGUCAACUAUGCCAUAGAGGGUUGGUGGCCAUGGUUCUACUUUGUCACCCUCAUCCUCCUGGGUUCAUUCUUUGUACUCAAUCUCAUUCUCGGUGUUCUGAGUGGAGAGUUUUCUAAAGAGAGAGAAAAAGCCAAAGCACGAGGGGCCUUCCAGAAGUUCCGAGAGAAGAAACAAAUUGAGGAGGAUUUACGCGGGUAUCUGGACUGGAUCAUGCAAGCAGAGGAUAUAGAUCCAGACAACGAGAUAGAGAGACAAGGGGAACCUCCUAAACACGUCCUAUGGAAACGACUUGGCACACUUAACACAAAAGUUCCGAAGCCGAUGAGUGAGUCGGAUUCCUCAGAGAAAUCUGAGGAGCUCGGAAGUGGGGACAUACCACAGCAGUCCUGGAUGCAGAGGAAAAAACGGCACUUAAGACGAUGGAAUCGAAGGUGUCGAAGACUCUGCCGACAAGCGGUCAAAUCUCAAGCUUUCUACUGGGUGGUCAUCAUUAUGGUGUUCCUCAAUACGAUCAUCCUCGCCUCUGAACACUACAGGCAACCUAUUUGGCUUGAGUACUUCCAAGAUAUCGGCAACCUUCUCUUCGUGGUCAUCUUUGCUGUGGAGAUGAUCAUCAAGAUGUACAGCCUGGGUCUCCAGGGUUACUUCGUCUCCUUGUUCAAUCGCUUCGAUUGUUUCGUCGUCUGUAGUAGUAUGGUGGAGGUUGUCCUGAUGUACGCCGGUGUCAUCCAACCAAUCGGCAUCAGCGUACUACGGUGCGUCAGAUUACUACGAGUCUUCAAAGUAACCAGAUACUGGGCAUCUCUACGCAAUCUCGUGGCCUCUCUCCUUAACAGCAUGCGAUCUAUCGCCAGUCUCCUCCUCCUCCUGUUCCUCUUCAUUCUCAUCUUUGCUCUGCUCGGGAUGCAGGUCUUUGGCGGCCGCUUCAACUUCAAGAAGACCCAGGACAAGCCGCGCAGCAACUUUGACAACUUCUGGCAGUCACUGUUUACUGUGUUUCAGAUUCUAACCGGUGAGGACUGGAAUGAAGUGAUGUAUGAUGGGAUAGCGGCCUACGGCGGCGUUCAUUCUAUCGGCAUCAUGGCUAGCAUCUACUUCUUCAUCCUCUACAUCUGUGGGAACUACAUCCUUCUGAACGUCUUCUUGGCCAUCGCCGUCGACAACCUGGCCGAUGCCGAAAGCCUGACAGCCCUGGAGAAAGAGAAAGAGGAGGAAAAGAGGAACAAAUCCAUCCGACGAGCCAACGAGCUGGACCUGUCCAAGCAGCUACCACCAGGAGUAGAUCCGAAGGGGGUGAUCCGAGGACCCAAGAGGUUACAGGAGAAGAGGAAAGCACUGAAUAAGGAAGCCCCGGCUGCCAAUAAUCACAAGGCUGCCGAAGAUGGAGAGAAGCAAGUGCACAUCGAUGAUGAUGAGGCUAAGAAAGCUCUCAAAGAACCAGGAGACGAGGACGAGGAUGAGGAAGAAGAGGAAUCCUUGACGACGCAAUCAGCGAGACCGAGACGUCUAUCCGAGCUGGAUCUGCCCAACAAGAAGACCCCCAUGCCUAGACAGAGCUCGCUCUUCAUCUUUGGCCCAGAAAACAGGUUCCGUAAAGGCUGCUACUUCAUCUGCACGCACAAUUACUUCUCCAACGUCGUCUUGCUGCUGAUUCUGGUCAGUAGUAUCAUGCUUGCAGCUGAAGACCCCAGAGAUAUCAACAAACUAUUAAACGUUAUUUUAAACUAUUUUGACUAUGGGUUCACUGUAGCCUUCACGAUAGAGAUUCUUUUAAAGGUUAUUUCGUUUGGAUUAGUCGUUCACAAAGGUGCCUUUUGUCGUAAUUCCUUCAACCUCUUGGACUUGUUAGUUGUUACAGUGUCUUAUAUCUCCAUCGCGCUCCGAGCACAAGGACAAGACGCCAUCUCAGCAGUGAAAAUCCUAAGAGUUCUGAGAGUCCUCCGGCCCCUGAGGGCCAUCAACCGAGCCAAAGGCUUGAAGCACGUGGUCCAGUGCGUCUUUGUAGCUAUCAAGACCAUCGGCAACAUCAUGAUGGUCAUGCUACUCCUCGUCUUCAUGUUUGCCUGUAUUGGCGUUCAGCUCUUCAGCGGCAAGUUCUACUUUUGCACGGACGGAUCCAAAAUGACCGAGGAAGAGUGCCAGGGCUUUUUUAUAGAUUAUAAAGAUGGCAACUAUUUAGACCCCAUCGUCAAGCCCAGACACUGGAAUUUGAAUUCUUUCAACUUCAACAACGUUGGCAGUGGAAUGCUGACCCUCUUCACUAUCUGCACAUUUGAGGGCUGGCCAAAGCUGUUGUACAUAGCCAUAGAUGCAGCCAGUGUGCCAGACCACGGACCAAUCAGGAACAACCAGCUGGGCGUUGCCAUCUUUUUCUUCAUCUACAUCAUUGCCGUGGCCUUCUUCAUGGUCAACAUCUUCGUGGGUUUCGUCAUCGUCACCUUCCAGAACGAAGGAGAGCAGGAGUUCAAGAAUUGUGAGCUGGACAAGAAUCAGCGUCAGUGCCUAGAGUUUGCUCUGAAAGUCAAGCCGAAACGAAAGUACAUUCCAAAGAAUUCAAAGCAGUUGAAAGUGUGGAAAAUAGUGACUUCUCGACCGUUUGAGUAUUUGAUCUUCGUGCUUAUCAUGUUCAACACCAUAGUCCUGGCCAUGAAGUACUACGAUCAGUCAGACGAGUAUUCGAAAGUGCUAGAUAGAGUCAACAUAGUUUUCACGGCGAUAUUCUUAGUGGAAUGUAUUCUCAAAGUCAUUGCCUUCAAACCAAAGAAUUAUCUUCGAGAUUUGUGGAACGUGUUUGAUUUUGUGAUUGUCGUGGGUAGCAUCAUAGACAUCAGUUUGUCAGAAGUAAAAGCCUCACAAACGGAUUCAGAAAAUCGAUUUAGCAUCAACUUUUUUCGAUUGUUCCGAGUGAUGAGACUGGUCAAGUUGCUAAGUAAGGGAGAGGGAAUUCGAACCUUACUCUGGACAUUUAUCAAGUCCUUCCAGGCACUUCCGUAUGUGGCCCUGUUGAUAGUGAUGUUGUUCUUCAUCUAUGCUGUAAUAGGCAUGCAGAUGUUUGGCAAGAUAGCGACGUCCCUCGACGGACCUCUUAAUCGAAACAACAACUUCCAGACAUUUGUGGCCGCGCUUCUUGUGCUGUUCAGGUCAGCAACAGGUGAAGCAUGGCAGGAGGUCAUGUUGGCAUGCUCCUAUUCACCAGCGGCUGUUUGUGACAAACAUGUCCAGAAAGCCUCAAACAACAUGGACGAGAAUUGUGGCAAUGACUUUGCUUAUAUCUACUUCUUGACCUUCUACAGCUUCUGUUCUUUCCUGGUCAUUAAUUUAUUUGUUGCGGUCAUCAUGGACAACUUUGACUAUCUGACCAGGGACUGGUCCAUAUUGGGCCCUCACCACCUGGACGAGUUUGUCCGCAAUUGGGCCGAGUAUGACCCGGAAGCCACUGGAAAGAUCAAGCAUUUAGAUGUGGUGGCGUUACUGCGACAGAUCUCACCUCCUCUAGGCUUCGGCAAACUCUGCCCGUACAGAAUAGCAUGCAAGAGAUUAGUCUCAAUGAACAUGCCUCUCAACAGUGACGGCACAGUGAUGUUUAAUGCAACGCUCUUUGCUCUGAUCAGAACAUCGCUGAAAAUCAAAACUGAGGGUAACAUAGACAAGGCUAAUGAUGAGCUGCGGCAAGUCAUUAGGAAGAUUUGGAAGCGGACGAGUACCAAGAUGUUGGACCAAGUAGUUCCCCCGGCUGGAGCCGAUGAUGACGUGACAGUGGGCAAAUUCUAUGCAACCUUUCUGAUUCAGGAUUACUUCCGACGCUUUAAGAAACGCAAGCACGACCAGCUCAAGAUGCAAGGCCAUGAACAGGGCACGGUCGCUCUGCAGGCUGGUCUGCGAACGCUACAAGAGAUAGGUCCCCAGAUCAGGCGAGCCAUCUCAGGCAACCUAGAAGACAUGGAUGAUGAAGUCAGUGAAGCUGUGGAACUAGACGAACCAUCACACAGGCGGAGUCAUUCGCUUUUUGGCAAUAUGCUCAACAUGUACCACAAUCGCCGCCAGUCCGCCCCCCAGACCAACGCCACCCACCCCCACAACAUCCCCCUCGCCAACAACCUCGCAGUCUCUCCGUCCAACCAACAUCGAAAACUCUCACCAGCAAACUCGUUGAAUAGUUACAGCUACACGCCGCGUAGCCGGUCGCCGUACAGCAUGUCGUCCGGUGGGGGGUCCUUCAGGGGUGGCAGACCCCCUACGGGGAACUCGCUACAUAUAUCGUCACCCAACUCCACUGGUUUCUCGCCGGUCGGUGCCCAGCGGUACUCGCCCAACAACGUGACUGGUAGGAACCAUCGACACAGUUCUGGCCAGAGUCGUGAGGCCAUGCAACCCUUACUCGCCGAAGAGGAUCACCAUCUAGAACAGCCGUACCGUAACGGUAUCCAUGGCGAUGACCAGAACUAUGGAACGUUAGGACAAGGAAGGCAAGAAGUAGAACAUAACGCGGGAGACUCCAGAGAGCCGUACCAGGACCCUUACAGGGAACCCUACAGGGAUUACAGUCGUAUACCAAAGAGUAUCUUAAGGAUUACCCGCAGACUCAGCAUAAUCAGAGAGCCGCCUCCUACGCUAACUACCGAGUGUUACGACGAGGAUGACGAUGAUGAAGACGAUGAUGGUGAUACUUCUUCCGAGAACUCCCACCCACCCACCUCGCCCCUCCUGAGCCACGAACACACCCCGUCACCUUCCCGUAGCUCCUCCGGCUCGCGUAGUAUCUCCGCCUCUCCCCACACCUCCUCUGAGUUCCCGACUUCCUCCCACUACCCUGGCGAUGAGUCAAGUCUUCCAAGCGGGGAAUGCGACAGCGUCGCUAACUAUCCCAUGAAUCGUAAGGUGCCGGCGUUGACGCACAGGACCUCAGGCUCCUCGCUGCUGUCCUGCGUGGGUAAACCGGAGCCACGUCUGGCUUCGGAGAGAAAGACGGCUGUGCCAUUGAAGCUUGCUCAGGCACAGGUCAUGGCCGUCGCUGGGAUGACUCCGCAGGGCAAACCACGCGACGAUGGCCGCCCGCGUUUAUGGUUGACGCCACCGUCCUCCCCACGCCGCGUCCGCUCCUCCUAUCACACCCCUACUCCGCCCCGUAGCCGGGCUCGGGCUGGGGACACGCUCAUGCCGACGGAUAACAAUAACACCAAGGAGCCCCUGGCGUUGCGACAUUCCACUGGCGAGAUAGGCACCUCGCGAGAUCCCUCCACUGCGUUCUUCAAAGCGUUGACCAAACCCAAGGUUCGUCAGCCGCUGAUACCAAAAGGUCCGAAGUCAGCAUCCUCUCAACUGCCCGACAACGUGGAAGGGAGUGCCGAGAGUCUAGUUGCCCAGGUCUUGGAGGAGGAAGGUAUCUCCCCUAUCCACGAUCGCGACCUGAUCAGCACAGUAGAGCGCGAGCUUGCCGAGGCCUGCAAUAUGAGCCAAUCAGAGAUGGACGAGGCUGCCCACAGACUGAUCCAAGCUAAUCAAGGGGAGACCCCCCUCCCUUACUUUGACCAUCUCGGCGGUUACGAACUGCAGGAUUACACGCAGCGCUCCUCGCCACACGAACGCGACCAGUCCCACGAGGGCAGGCUUCGUCGGAACAGUGACAGUAGCGAUCCGGAGAACGACGACAAUCUGAAUAAUGACACUGAAGAUGAUGAUGAGGAUAGUGAUGAUGCCACGCCCAAACCUAAAGACUCCGCAGGAGAUAUGGUUUACGUAACGACUCUAUAGCAGGCUUGGCGUUUUAUUCCACGCACUGCUGACCUGAUGUAUCAUACUUCUUAGAUGAUUCCUGUAUCUGAUGGACCCUCUUUUAUAAAUGCAACUGUUUUUUUUAUUGGACUAAGACUUGGAGUUUAUUGAGUUUGGAGGAGAGAUUGUUUAUCGGCAUGUAGAGGUCUCGUCUUCACAACCUAGUCCGUCAUGUUUGUUGUUUCUUCCUCUACAUCAGUACAUUGUGUCAACUCUUCAUAAAAACACCGUCACUAGGUUUGCUUUCCUGUUUAGCCAUCACGCAUGAAGCAGUCAAAUUUGUUUAUUUCGUGGCAACUUCAGCUGCUUAAGCUGAGACAACUUCAAUUUGUGGAUGUCACAUGGAUUAGAUGUUCUUGCCGAUGCGCUCAGGUUGUCACCAUGGUUACAGGUAGUUAUCCCCAACAGUGACAUUGCAUUUGAAAUUCACCAAGUUUCUUGCACGGCCACAUUUAGGAUCCCGUGAAUGCAGAACAGUACACUCAGCAAUGGUCCACCACACCCCCAUGUCUGUCGAUCUCUAUCAACCGCAUGGGGUUUUUUGCUUGUGCAAUUAAAGCAGACACUGUCUUCUCUCAAACAGAUUCUUGGCAAAAUAUUUAAUCUGUGAUUUCAUUACCGUUAAAGUGUUCCUUGCUCGUUGCAUUAAGAAGGGGAAUGAAACUUCAUUACUGAGUGAAGAUUUGGAAACACCACUGUACCGUGAGGACAUUUUUACAAGAGUGAUUGAAAAGACUAACGCUCAAAGCAUUUAUUAAUGAAAUUGGCCAUGUUGUGUUUUGUUUGAUAUCAUUGGCUCGUUUUGACGAAACCAUUUCAAACCACUGUAAUGGACAACAUAAGCCUGGUAUCACGGUUGAACUUGUUUGUGUUUGCAACUUUUUAAAGUUAUAAAUUUAUCGGUUUCACUCCAUAACCAAAAUGACUGUGCAUGCCACACUUGCCUGGAUCAGGCCCAGCAUAAAUGAAUUAACUGUAUUUAUCACUGUUUUGUUUACUUUUUUCACACUUCACUAUCAACGCUAAUCUAUUUCAAAUGCUGGUGGUUUUAAUCAGCACACUUAUACACUGGUGCCUACAUGCAGUGGUCAUUCCACAUUAUUUGCUGUGUGUAACAAACAAAAAUAUUAUGAGUAUUUUAUAAGUGAUGACAUUGGCAUGGUUUACUGUGACUGUUGUAGUUACCUCUCCAUAUAUACCUGAUUCCCAUAGAUAAUAGCUCUAGGGCUUUGCAUGAAGUAUUUAAACCAUUUUGUUCAGUAGAGGGGGCCCAGUUUUGUGUAUUGCCAUAGAAACAGCGCCAUCUUGGAUCCAUAUUAAGACAUGUAAUUAAUUGGAAAUUAAUGCGAUAUCCAAACCCGCAUUUUGUCAACCGCUACGGGUGUAUGCUGCAGUAUACCAGCGACAAAACCAGCUGAUUCGGACCUUUUACGCAGAUGUAAACCUACUAUUCACCUACCUACAACCCUGGCCAAUUCUCGCUGGGACCCCAACCCCCCGGCCCCCGUUCAGUGUCUCAUUGCGCGGUGUGUGCUCCAUCAGCUGGAGAGAACAACAUUGACCGGGGGAGUGGGUGACCGUGGCAGGCUCAGGAAGUGUCCCCAACCAGUUAGGCCGGGAUUGUAGAUCCAAGAUGGUGUUGUAAAGUGGACCCCAACUAUAUGGUGUGACCCAUAUGCAACAAAGUUUAUUUCAUGGCAAAGAUACGCUGUAGAUUUCUGUUGGGCCACUAUUUUUGGCACAUUCUGCUCUUUUCAUUUGAAGUACACAAGGACCUCCUCAGAACACCAGAUUGCGUAGGAGUUGUCUCAAUAAUCCUGGAAACGUUGUGAAAUUAAUGUUGCAUCAUAGAGAACGGAACAGAUUUCAUCAUAGUAUCCCAGAGUUCCUUCAGACUUUCGAUUAGUCAAAAUGAACCCUAUCCGUGAAAUUCUCCGGCCAAUUUUUCUGGAAUUAUUUUCAAGAUGACUCCUUCGCAGCGCCAUGUAAUUGACUCUUGCAAUAUCACGUGCUUGACUUAAAAGAUAAAUUUACUCCCAAUGUCAGUCCGUAGUGCUUCCCCAAACAUCAAGUCUAGUAAGUGUCUCCAAGAUGUUUCCAAGAAGUACCUCACGUUGAGCCAUGUGUAUCAAACUCAGCAAUCAUCAGGUCACGUCCAAGUUCAGACAUUUUGGCCGUAACUUGGAUUCAUUGCCAAAGAUAUGCUUAUUUAUAACAAAACAAGAAAAAAAACCAGUCAAUUUUGGCACUUAAUUGUUUCUUGCGCUGACUAAAAUUAAUUUUUUUAUCAGCAAUAAUCUGAAUUUUUUUUGGAGUUGAUGUUGCACAAGUUGGCACAGUGGUAAUGCUUUCACUCGUCACGCAAAUUAAGCUAGGAGAGUCCUGAUCUUUUCUGUUAUGCAUUCCUGUGUUUCGUUCUAUUAAAAACGCUCAUUUAUUGUUGUCUGACUGUUUGGGUCAAUGAAAUUACUUCUUUUUAAUUUUACUCCAUAUAGAACCUGAAGACUAACCAUAUUUGUUUUGUAAGAAUAUCGUGUUGCAAAUUUUGUUUGGAUAAGGGGAUAGUACAAAAGAUGAAACAGUUUGAACGUAUUUCACACCUCUUCUAGAAUGUGGCUAUGGUA